AUGAAUCCAUUCUGUCCAUAUAUCUAUGGAGGGGCACUUCAGGAAUUCACACGCAUCUCCUCUGUGGGCGAGGAUGCUUUUUUUCGCCUUGAAGAGAGAGAGACAGAGAGAGACAGGCUUCGUGCACGGCAGGAAAAGCAGCGACACCGCAGCCCGGGGCUUCCUCUAAGAGUCGGGGUUUUUUUAAAAAAAAAUUCUUAUUUUUUCACCGACUUCCUUCCUGCUUUUUUAAACUGCCCAAGCUCGAAGCUGAGCGCAGAGCUCCGGACAGAGACGCCCCUCGCCGCCGCCGGUACGUGAGUCCGCCUUCUCGCAGGGGGGCGGGCGGAGGGACACCCACCCACCCGCUUGCCUUGCCCGCGCUUCCAGCCUCCUCCGGGAGACUUAAUCCACAACCGGGAAAAGGCGGCCGGGAGAGCGGAGCGCGGCUCCCGCGCCAAAAGGGGAAGAAGCGCGCCUUGCUCUGCAAUGCAGCAGGGCGCGCAGGCCGUAUCCCGGGGGCGGAGGAAGGGGUCCGCUUGGGAAACGUGGCGGGAAGCGCCCCUCCGGAUUCUGCCCCUUCGGGAAACCUGCCCGGGGGUGGCCGAGUUUGGGCAGGCGAGGCUGAGGGACGUUUCUCGCCUUGGUGCAUUUCUCCGUGGAAAAUUCCACCCCACUUCCUGUGCCAGAGCUCGCCCGUCAUUCACAUGAACUCUGGAGGCCUGGAUGCUCAGUUCAUUAUUUUUAGAUUUGGGUCGCUGCAUAUUUUAAGGAGCGCGGGGCCCAGCGGCUCAGGGACUCGUUAAGGAAAGGAGAGAGUCGCUGCUUGACUUGCUUCUUCCUCCAACGGGCUUCCUGUGAGAAUUCAGACAGUUGCUGCUGCAAAGAAUAAGGGUGUCUCUGCCUUUUUUUUUUUUUAUGGCGUUGAGUUUUAGUCAGGUUGGGGCUUCCAGACAGGCAAUUUUUUGGGGGUUGGAUUCAGUUACUGGCAAAUUGAGGUUGCACAUUGAUAGUGGGUUGGAAGAUCUUGCACAACAAAACCUACUUCCGCAAAAGGCCAGUAAGGAAAAGGGUGGGAAGGUGACAUUUUGCUUUGACCUAACCUCCCUGGAAACAGGUUGGAACGUUUGCUCAUUAGGUAGCCAAUGUUGUCUUCUUGCAAACCGAUCAGGAUGUCUUAUCAAUAAACAGGUCAUCUGGAAGCAACAAGGGAAGUAUUGAGCCCGGUCAGUUCUACAAGAACAGGUGUAUGGGUUCUGUGCUCACUGAGAAAAUCUUUCCUAGGGUUCUUUCUGUGUUCCUUACUCCAUACUAAAACACAGAGUUUUCCUGCAUAGGCAGGAAAGACAACAUAUAGCUUUAUUCUUCGAUUGGAAAUACUUAGAUAAAAGAAUCAUUAAUCCUUCCUCUAGCUAGAUUGGGCCCCCAAUGAGAGUAUGGGAGUAGUCCAAACUAAAGACUAAACAAGUUUUUUUAAUUUAAAAAAACCUCGCCCAAAGGCCAGCAAGAUAUUGGGAGAGGAGUGAAUGAGUUUCAUCAUGGGGUGUCUCAGCUGAAAAGGCCCUGUCUUACUUCUUAUUUGGAUGAGCCCCUAAAGGCAAUAGAACAUAGGGCAAGGCCUCCAGUGGCAACCACAAUGUGCCAAAUAACCUGGUCCUAAUGCCCAUUUAGGGCUUUAUAGGUAACAAGUAGCAUUUUGAAUUGUUUACAGAAAUGAAAUUGGCAACCAGUGCACAUUGAACAACAGAGAAAUAUGCUCUUGUUGCCUUCAAUCACCUUCAAGGAGUUCUGAAACUCCUACGAUGUGCAACCCUUUGCAAAUAAUCAAGUCAAGGGUGAUCUCCAAACCCAGCAUGGAAAACGUGUGCCCACCAGCCAGUGUCUUAGCUCCAGAUGAGUCCCAAAUUUUCCCUGUUGAUACCCUUAUUGGGCCUGAAUUGCCGUAGUUCAGAACCAUUAGCUGGUCUCAGAUAAUAAAUUUUGCUCAUCCUGUCCCCAGUGCAUUGCUGGUUUCUGCACAGGACCCCCUCCUUGCUUAAUACUUGGCCUGCAGAAGGUAUGAACUUCCACACAGAAAUCACUUACUGAGUCGCAGAAAGACUGAGCUCCUAAACCCUGUUUGCUUUCCUUAUGGUAAUACCGCUCCCCCUUUAAAAUUAGCAAAGCUACUGCUGAUCAAAGAAGGCUCUUCCUCCUGCCAUUUAGUGAGCUGGGGUAACCUCAGAGCCUCUGGCUUGGAAGAUUAAGUCACUUAAUUUCUACUUUCUUCUAAAGUUGGUUUGCAUAGGAUUCCCCCUAUCCUAUCCCACCUUACAUAUAAUCUGUUGAUUUGCUGGACCUACAGCCUGGCUCUUCCCCCAUUCAUAGAACAGCGGUUUAUGCUAGGAUAACUGGAAACCACCUUGAGGCAACUGUCUUAUGUGAAUACAUUGCAUUUUCAAGAUUACCUCUUCCUUUCCGCCAUCUUUUGUGGUCACAGUCAGGGUGGUGAAAGCAGCAAAAGUGUAUUUCCACCAUGAUAGGUCUUUUCUCUCCUUUGCCUUUAGCAACUGCACAACAGGCAGAAAUCCAGCAAGUGAAGCCUCCUCUAUCCCUCUCUAUCUGCAUGUAAAGAAAGGCUUUACCUCCUGAAUUGCAGUUGUUAAAAAGCCCCAGAUCCCCACCAGGAAGCAAACAAAUAGCCUUGGCAAUCCUAUUUAAUAUAUGGGUUUGGAUAAAUUGGAAAUUUAAGUCUCUAUGUUAGCAACUGUGAGUAUGUAGAACAAGAGGAUGGAAGUUAUUAGAGACUGAGAAAACUCUUCGUGCUGUGUUUGCACCUACCCUUUCUGAUAUACUUACCCCACCUGUAAAUGGGGUGUGGUGGGUAGUUGUGCUUACUUCAGCUGCUAUGCUUUUAGGAUGAAUGCAGUAAUUGCCUUAUGGAUACUUACAACUGACAAAUGAAAUAGCAAAGGGGUACAGCAGCACAGCAGGGACCUACUUCUUUGCCCAUAGAACAACCAAUUAUACAGCAAAGGAAAGAGUAACGAGGACUUUUUGUACCAGUUUUGUUGUGCCCCAGUGCUGCUGCUUUAAUCUGGAUAUCUGACUUAAGGGAGUACAGAAAUUUCCUUCCUUCUGAGAAAUUGCUACUCGUAGUGAUCGCUUAAACCCUCUUCCUGCUCUUAAAACUGGUGCUUGCUUUUUAUAGCAACAGCCCAGGAAUUCUAAUGCUUUUGUUUCUUCUCUGGAAAUGCUGAAGUACUGCGGUACUAUGGAAACAAUUUGAAAUCUAGGGUGUCAACAAAGAAGAGCUAUAGGAGAUGGGCAGUAGAUACAGAGAGUGAAAGAACUGGUGAGGCGAGCAGACAGGGAGGGAGGGAGCAAUCUUUAUUUUUGCUUGCCUUGUUUUUUUUUAAAGGCCAUUUUUGUUAGAAAAAGAGAAGGCAGACAGUAAACUACAUGGAUCCUUUCUACAGAAGCCCUCUAAGCUACAUGAAGUAUGAGCCCAUGUUUGUGGCCUGUACGUAUACUUUUGCAACGUCCCACAUUAAAAGCACUGUUUGUUAGCCCCAGGCUUCUGUUCUUUUCCUGAGACUAUCUGGGCUCUACCUGCUUUCUUUAGACUAUUGCUGUUUUUAAUCUACUCUGAUGUGCAAUGGACCUUUGGAAUCUAUGCUAUGCUGUGCAUCCUCCCCUUCAUUCCUCUUUCCACUAGAAAGUCUUUUCCUGUUCUAUUGAAGUGUCAGCAGUCCAAAUUCAUGUUAGUAGAUGGUCAUCAUGUGCCACAGCAGUGCUGUUUGGAAAGAAACCAUUUGUCUUCUUACCGUAACUCCUAGUUGAGGUGGAGCUGAAGGAACAGAGUAAAUGUAGUUGGGUAAUUUGAGUAUGUUGAAUCUGGAAAUUGCUGUUCCUGAGCUGAUUUGUCAACUGGAAACCUGGAAUUCAAGGUGGAACCCAUACUGGUGUAUUGAACUAAUACUUCCUGCUUCUAUAGCUGGUGGUGCCUGAAGGAAGCAAUUAACUGAAUUGGGACUUUCAAGUACCUACAAAUCAACCAAAUAUGUACCCAAAGUAUCUGACACAGUAUUUAUUCUUGCUGGCCAUAUAGUGCUAUGAAAGCGUAUUCAUUCUUUGAAACUGGGUUUCUUCUGUGAAUUGUUUGGGUUUUCAUGAUAUGAUAUUUGGUAUUUGGUUCUUUUCAUUUUUUGAUGUAUUCAUUUAUUUCACAGCGGAAGUGGUUUCAUAGUCAUCCCCUUCCCCCUAGACUCAUCGGAGCUGUAGUUUUAUAAAGGUGCUGUGUGCAAUUUACUGUAGUCUUACACUUUGAUAGUUCUGCAUUCCCAUUCAUGCAAAUAUAUCUCAACGUUUGAUUUGCAUUCAAGCAGCUGCCUCUUGACAUUCAGAACUGCUUGAGGUCCACGUGGGAAGCUGUUUGUGUGUGGCCACUGGGCUUGGGCAUCAUGGCACAGCAGACUGGUUUUUUUGGAAGCUUGUGGUGAUGUGGUGUUAUUAUUUGCAUUGCAAAGCUGAGAGGCGGCACAUGGCUUGCCCACACAGAACAGCCUCAGCAAGAUUUCAAUUUUUGUUGUCCACCACAUUGCAGCUUAUUUGUCUGAAUGAGGCGUAUAAACUACUCUUAUCUCUGUCUUCCCGGUAGCACAUGCAGUCUUGUUUCGCUGCUGGCUAAGUAUAUUUGGCACCUCUCCUUUUUUGGAUUAAAAAAGUCUGGUUAGGAAUGAUGUAUGUAUCACAUGUAAUUUUAAAAGCCACAGGUAUACACACUAUACCUUAAAAGCACAUUCUUUCUCUCAGAGAAUUCUGGAAAUUGUAGUUUAUGCCUCUCAGUAGCGAAUUUCCCACCAUUCCUUAGCAAACUACAGUGCCCAGAAUUCUUUGAGAGAAAGAAUGUGCUUUGAAUGCAAUUUAAAGAUAUAGUGUGUGUGUACAUAGGCACAGUGUGUGCAGUUCAGGAAUGUGGAGCUAGUGGCCUUCCAGAAAUCAGCAUGGCCAAGGGUCAGGGAUGGCUGUUGUUCAACAACAUAAGGAGGGGCGCAGGUUCCAUAUCCCUAGGGAAGACUUAGUUCCCAUCUUUUUGGACACAGCACAUGGGAGCUAACUGAGCAUUCUAAGCUCCCAACCUAGCAUACUAGAAGGGGUUUGGAUGGGGCAGAAUGGAGGCCUUUCAUGGAUUAUUAAAAAAAAAUUACAGUCCAAUGAUUUGGAUAAAAGCAACGGAAGAAAAAUGUCAAAAUAAUGGCAAUUAUUGGCAAAAUAAUGGCAAUUUGAAGGUAGGGGUCUCUGUGUGUAAAUUUUAUAUAUAUAUAUAUAUAUAUGUGUGUGUGUGUGUGUGUGUGUGUGUAAUUUUAAAAGGAGAAGGGCUUAUUGGGCCCUUCCAGACUGGCUCUUUUUUUGCAGGUAUAUUUUGCAACAUGUCAUUGAUGCAAUAAUAAAGUAUUAGUGUUGGAUUCAUACUGGACUGUCCAUGCAGUAUUAUAGCAUUCUUGCCACCUGGAGGGCACUCUUGCACUGUGAUGCAACAAAAAUGGGAUAAAAAACCAAAAUCCAGAACAUUUCUGGUAUCAAAAGUCACUGGAUUUCAUUCAGAUGUUACAGGGCAUGCACUGAUUGGUGACGAAGCAAUAUGACCACCCCAAAACUUGCAAGCAGAAACAGUAUUAAAAGAGCACUGAAAAGGGCAUGUGGAGUGGAACUGAGCCACAAAGAGACAGCUGCCAGUCCGUGUAGACAGUACUAAGCUAGGUGGACCAAUGGUCCUACAGUAUAGAACAGUUCCCAUCUACCUACAUAAAAUGUAAUCUCUCUGGGAUUGAUAGGCAAUCUGGGUAGAUAGCUGGAGUGUGAGCUGCAAAUGGUUUAAAAACCCUGCAUUUAUUAUACAAUCAAAGGACUGUGUAGGAUUGUGUCUCUUUCAAGAUCAGAUCCUAUUCUACUCACCAAUAUGCUAUUAAUAUGGUUUCAGAAGGCAUGGCUAGUGUGAUGUAGUUAUUAGAAUAGAAUUAGGGAGACCUUGGUUCAAAUCAUCCAUGCAGUUCACUGGGUUCAUUUCAGCUGGCUGAGGAUCCGUUGUUAAAGCUCAGUGUGCUUCACGAGUUGAACCUACGGAGUUAAAAGUUAAGCCGCACUGAUUUUGCAUCCUGAGAAACCGGAUUUUAUUCUAGGCACUUCUGUUCAUUGCCCUGCAUUUGUGUGAGGGUGGGUAUAUAAUAUGUAAUCCAUUUAUUUAUCUAUAUUUCCUGCAUUUUGAGGUGUGGCUGUGGCAGCUGUCAUGGUGAGCUCCUGCACUUCAAACUUUACCACUCCACCCACGUGCUUCUUUCCUCUGCCCCUCACCUCUCUUGUGCUGUCCAUCACAGAGGUGUUCCUGAUCUGCCCAUCUUGGGUACUCAUGAACCCUCUCGCUGUUCCUUCCUCUGUCUUUGCCUCUUGACCUCAAACCACAAGAGGAGACGUGUUCUUCUGGCAUUGCAAAGGGAGUGCCAGUUUCAGCCGCUGCUGAGAAUGCAGCACGCUGAUUUCAGCCUUUCUUACUUCCUCCUCUUUUGGAGAAGUUUCAGUGCUUAACGGCUGCUGCUGCUAGUAGGAGUCUGCAGCCAGGGCAUGUGUUGUCAUAGGAACAAACCACAUGCUUCCUUCUUGCACAGAAAAGGGACCUGGUCAUAGCGCAGAAAACAGCUAUUUUAACUGUUGUGCAGUCAAGAAACUACACGAUAUUUGCAGCUGGAUUCAUCGGCAUUCUUCAUUUAAUUUUUUUAAAAGCUUGUGUUAUGAGCUCCAUCCAGGUAUUUCCCCCUCAUUCCUUGCUUUUCUUUCUGAACGCCAUCUCUAGCCUGUCCUUAACUGAGGCAAAGCCCUAUAAUUUGCUGCAUGGCAUAUUUGAUUGAUUUUGAUUGUAGCGGAAUUGAUCAAGGCUGCAGUGGAUUUCAGUUGGUGUGUUGCUCAGACGCUGUGUGUGGUGGGCUGUUCCUGUGUCAGCGUGCCGUGAAGGCAUUUGUUCCGCAAAGGCGGCUCCUGGUGGGGUUUGCUGGGUCGCUGCUGGAGCUGUUGUUACUCAGAAGAGGAUGAGGCUAUGUGCGCUUAGCAGAUUUUUCUGCUUAAAUCAGUUCCAGACCUGUAUAUAGGUCAAAAACGUUUUGAAUCCAGUUGCAAUGAUCAGCCCUAUAAAUCAGUUCAAUGAGCAACACAGAAGAGAAUCCCAGAAUUGCGAGCUGCAGGCUUGGUGUAUUGAUCCCCUGUAGGUGGUCCCAGCAACCAGGUGUAUCUGAAAACUGGAAUAAGGUUUUCAGCCACCUUGAAACUAAAUUCUUGGAUUGAAGAUAUGCUGAAAGUGCAGGGGAAUCUCGCCUGCUCAAAACUGACCAGUGUUCACAAGUUGCAAUGGGUAUUUUGAGGUUCCACUGAUGGAAAUGUGUAGAAACCAUAAUAUGCCAAGUGCUAUAAAUCAGUGCCAGGUUCUGUUUCUGCAUUAGUUGCUCUCUGUGAUUCCAGUUGGAUAGAGGAAGAGGGAAAUGUGUUUGUGUGUAUGUGCAUGUGUGUAUGCAUUAUAUGCUUUAUAUGUGCUCAGAUAUGUUUUUCUCCUAUAUAAUAUUCUAGAGAGAGAGCUGCUGAUUAGAUUAGCUGAUUUAGAUGGCUGUGGAUUUCUCUCUAGGUGGAAAAAAAUAUUGCUCACUGCCUCAGGACCUGGCCUAGAUGCAGACUGUCAGCAGAUGGUUGUAUUUUAUAACUUUUUUUGUUUGGUGCCCAAAGAACCAAGUGCGACUUGGUUUGGUUUAUUUAAAAAUAAAUAAAUAAUACAUAUAUUUUACAGUUGCUAAUCACAGUAUUAGAUAAGUUCACAGGAGGCAGUAAUAUUAACGGUUGGAGGUAACUGACAGGGACUGGAGUGACACCUUGCGCUGUUUGUAUACUUUCUGUGCAGAAUAUCGGGUUAGGAAAUGCUGCACAAAUAAUAUUUUGCUAGGUAGGCUCCUGUUGGUUUGACAGGACCAGCAGCAUUCAGGCGCCAGCAGUCAGGCUGCUGUUCACAUCUCUUUGUAUAGAAUUGACUGCAGUACAGCUGUUGCACGUCUGAAUGCAACAGAAUCUUAAUUUUGAAUACCAGAAAAACGUCAUUGACACUUGUGCUUACAAAAGCAUUUAGAUGGCUGUACCUUUGCUCUUUAUUGCAGCAGAAGCCCAGCUAAGGACUUAG